AUGCGCAAUAACGCCGCGGAGAAACUGCUUAGCACCGCCCGUGCUGAGGGUCUCACGAUCACCGAGAACGGCUUUGCAGAACACAUGGACCAGAUCGACCCUCUACAGAAGCACCGUGAGGCGUACCAUAUUCCCAAGAAGCGUGACGGCAGCGACUAUGUGUACCUAUGCGGCAACUCACUGGGGUUGCAGCACAAGGAUGUGGAGUCCAGCGUUGGUGGGACGAUGAAGAAGUGGCGGGAACUCGGCAUGCUGGGGCAGUUCCAGCACCCCAACCCAUGGUUCGAGUUGGACAGUCUUGGCAGAAAAGAGAUCGCAACAAUUGUGGGGGCACAGGAAAGCGAGGUCAUCACGAUGAACUCCUCCAACGUGAACAUACACCUGCUGCUCAUGGCGUUUUUUAGACCCAAAGGGGACCGGCGAAAGGUGCUGAUGGAGACUCACGCUCCCCCCAGCAUUACUCACGCNUGCUCAUGGCGUUUUUUAGACCCAAAGGGGACCGGCGAAAGGUGCUGA